CCAAUCCAGCUCUGUGUUGUUGUUGCCCCUGUUCGACUUUAAGAGAGCUCAAUGGGCGGUCCUAGAGCGCAGACCAAUGAAUCGGCUUCUCUGUUUAAAUAGUCCUUGAUGUCAACUUUUCUUCUUCACUCAUAGCUCCCUCUAACGCCAUGUUGGCUGUUAUUACUUGACUUGUUGUUUGCAUCAGCCUUACUACGGACUUGACAGGAGUGGCUCUCUUAAACCCCCCUGCGCCCUUGGAGACGCUUUAUUCCAUUUUUGCGCGUACGCGUUUUGGAUGAUACGCGCGGAGUAUGCACGCAUCAUCCCUCGCAUUUUAAAGGAAUACUACUUGGAAAUAGAAGUUUGAAAGGCUUCGGUUGUUGGGUUGUUGUUUGUGUAUUUUUUCCCUUGUCAUAUGUGCAACAAAAUGUCAGAUGUUCGCCUUUCUAAUGCGAGCCCGACCGUGGAGAGGGUGGAUGCGCGGCAGCCAGACAACGUCAGACCUUCGGUGAGCAGAAACCUUUUCGGCAGACCCGACCCAGAGGAGAUACGGAGGUAUGUGACGGCUUCGAUACAGGAAGAUGUGCAGCGUUUUACGGAGAGGUAUAAUUUCGAUCCGGUGAACGAGAGACCGCUCUCUCCGGGCAACUUCGAGUGGCAGGAGGACCGCGGCGCACCGGAGUUUUAUGCCCGGCAGCCUCACGAGAACCAGCGACCCCAGCGAGAGGAGGACCUGCCCGGGGAUAACAACUCGUGUUCUGCCGAGGGGAGGAGUGAACAGCAGCCGGAUCAGCCAGCCAGAGACGGCUCGAGAAAAAGACCAAGUUCAGGAGCUCCAGGUCCCUGCUCCAGCGAGUGUCAGAGUAAAAGGUCGCAUACCGACGAAGAUGAUGAUGAAGACCAGUCGGCCGGUGCAGGAAGUCAGGCGGUAACAGCCGCGGAGGAGAGACCCAGCAGGCCGGAGCAGAGCGCGGAGGACCAGUGAAAAGCUGCCAGAGCGGGGAGACCUGUUGCUGGUGGAAUACUGUAGCCUUUCUCAUCAUCUGACAGAUGGGAGAGAAAAUAUAUAAAAGCGGCCUUUUCCUAAAGAAGGGAGGAGGAGAGGCUGCACAAGCACUGAAUAUGUACACUAUCAAGUUUUGGCACUCAUUUCAAUUAAAUUGCCUCAGAAGCAGCAGACAAUGUAGCAGUGUGCAAAUGGAUUUUUGCUCAUUUUUUAUCUACUACCUAUGUUUCAGAUGUAGCACAUAAAUAAAAGCAUAUUAUGCUUUUCAUACCUUUUUGUUAAAUGUAUUUGAAUAAGUGUGUGAAUUUGACUCGGGAAGUUGCAGUGCAAUUUCCAACAGAGAAAUAUUAUUUUGUUAAAGUGGUCAUAUUGUGUCAUUAUUCAGGUAAUUGAUGUAAGUUAAAAAAUGCAGAUUACAAAAGUCAGGGUUGUGUGGAAACAAAAUGUCUUCACUUAUUCUAUGGCUUUAUUUGUCCCAGUGUUAUAUAUCUUGUUUUUUGAAGGCCCAGAUGGCCACACUGUAAGUUGAGGGUCCAUCUAACUGGGAACAGCCAUGACAGAUAAAGUUUACAUGCAAAUAUUGUCUACUUAUUUCCCCAUUUUUUGUUUGUUUGUUUAAGUUUUUUUUUUUCUCCACCAAAGUUUGUUCCUUUUGUUCUGGGGCUGAGGGGAGGGGCGGGAGGGUGGCUAAACUGCUGAGCAAUAUCCAACCAAAUUUUAACAGUAUUUGCUAAUAAUCCUAAGAAUUAGCUUUUAUUUUUAAAUUAGGUGACUUUAUAUUUUAGUGGCUUUAUGCCACAUAAUCCACCCCUUGUAGUAAGUGGUGUAGUCCAGGUUAACAUAGAUAAAAUAUGUUUAAAAAAAUCACUGGGCUACUUAUUAUGCAAAUAUGUGAAUCAAAGAUUUGUCUUUGUGGUGUGGAAUUCAUGUGGAACAUGUAAUUGCACUAUUGUUAAUUUCUUUCUUUUUUUUUUAGGGGAGAAAAACAAAGUGACACUGCCUCAUCUGGUGUAAAACUUUGAAGUGUACUUGUGUGCCUUUUUUUUUUUCCUUUUUAUUUUUUUUCAAAAACACUGAAAGAUUAUACUAACUUAUUUAUGUUGAGCUUUUUGUUGUGGGUGUAUGUAUAGCUUCCCAAAGCGACAUUUUGUAAAUAUAUAUUUUCAAUAUUGUUUUUAAGAUAAAUAAACUGUUGCAAAACUGAGCCUAAUAAUCGAUUUUA